UGUGGAGAGCUCCUAUCACCCCAGACACACCCGGACGCACCUUCAAUCCCAGCGCAGACCAUGAUUCCUAUAACAAACCAAUAAACCAACCCAAACUGAUCCCUGAAACACCCACACAAUGUGGCGGGAUCGCACCAACCUCUACCUCUCCUACCGCCAAUCCCUAAUCCACCACCCGGCCAAGAAACCCGCCUUCACCCCAACCAAUGGCUUCGCCGACACACCCUCCCACCCCGAAGAAAACAGACGCCUAAUCUCGGACACAGACGAAGAUGGCGACAUGGUCAUCGAAAUGGACCUCCUGCCACCGCGCUGGGUCGACGUGCAGGAAGAGGUCUCUGAGCUGUUAGCCGAUAUCGCCCAGAAAUCAUCCCAGCUGGAUAAACUGCACCAGAAACACCUGCUGCCGGGCUUUGGAGAUGAGGAUCUGCGGAAACAAGACGAGGGCGUUAUCGAGCGCCUGACGCAGGAUAUCACCCGCGCGUUUCAUGAUUGCCAGCGCGCUAUUCAGCGCAUUGAGACUAUGGUGCUGGAUUCUAGGGCGCAGGGUGGUGUUAGUAGUGGGGAGGAGACUAUGGCGAAGAACAUUCAGAUUUCGCUUGCGGCUAGGGUUCAGGAGGCUAGUGCGCGCUUUAGGAAGAAGCAAAGUACUUAUCUGAGGAAAUUACGAGACCUGGAGGGUAUAGCGACGCCGUUUGAUGGUGCGUCCAUGCAAGCUCAGAACCCAUACACGGAUCCGUCGAUGAUGGAGUCAGAUGCGGAUCGGUCCUUCUCGCAGACGAUGUUGCAGCAGACCUCUCAACGGAGUAUGGGGACGAACGAUGCCGCGAUUGCACAGCGAGAACGUGAGAUCAACGAUAUCGCAAAGGGAAUUAUCGAGUUGUCGGAUAUCUUCCGCGAGCUGCAGGGCAUGAUCAUCGAUCAAGGGACCAUGCUCGACCGUAUAGAUUACAACGUCGAGCGUAUGGGCACUGAGGUUAAAGCUGCGGACAAGGAACUGAAAGUGGCUACGGGCUACCAACGGCGAACUACCAAACGCAAGGUCAUGAUCUUGCUCCUGCUGCUUGUAGUAGGUAUGAUUAUCAUUCUGGUGAUAAAACCAAAGGGAGGCAGCUCUGCGCCACCACCGCCGCCUGAAGAUGAAUCCUCAAACAAUAUCCGUCGCUCUGUACUGGCUUCUGUGAACAGGGGGCGGGGACAUCAUUUGUCGACUCGGUUUGCGCGAGAUCGGUGGAUGGAUCCGGAUAUAUUCCGAUGAUCUUGCAAAUAGCAUGGGUUAAUAGUUAAUGUAACCAAAGUGAGGAUCAUUUUGCAUAUAGAUGUAGUGCCGUUGCGGCUUAUAAGUGAUCCCUUUUGGCUUAUCAUAUCUAUUAUGA